CUGUGCCGGACGGAGUGACUCCGCUCUCGGGGAGGGGUCCCGUCCACGAGAGAAGCAUGAGACUGGAGACCAGCCCUGCUUGAUAUGCGGGAGAAGUGCUUAAUCCCUGGCGUUUGUCUGCUGCCUGUUAAUAAACCGCGUAGGCUGCCGGAGGCGACGGCUGAGUCCCGAUGAGGGGUCUCGGCUCUUUAUUCCUCCCCCUGCAUGCUUCCUGACCUGCAGUGUUGCUCCAGGAUUUUGUGUGUGCUUGGCUGUCUGUUGGAAUAGUUCGCAAGUGCCGGAGGAAAGGUUGUUACCACUGACGGGGGUAUCAUUGGGUGGUAGAACCGCAACUGUACGAGGCGCUCCGCAUUCUGGUGGAAAGGGGGAGAGGAAGGCGAACGUCAUUCCCUCGACAUGAAGUGUGACAAAUGCACUAAGAAGGAAUGUAGUAAAAAGCGAAUAAAUGAUGAAAACGAAAGUCUGGUCAUCGACACGAAAAGCUCGAGCACCAGUGAUACAGACGAGGAAAGUGAAUUUCAUAAGUUGGCCAAUGCAAAAAUAUUCCUUAGUGACUGCCUGGCCUGUGAAAAUUGCGUGACUCCCACAGAAGGUUCGCGGAUUGCCCAGCAAUGCCAGGAGUUUUUAACUGUGCUUGACCUCAAUCAGAGAUGUGAUGAGUCCAAACAUAAAGUGCUGGUAGUUUCGAUUUCCCAUCAAUCACUGCCCUAUUUUGCUGCUAAGCACUGUAUAAAUGUUGCUGAUGUAACCCAAAGACUUUCUGGAUUCUUGAAAAGCAUCGGGGUUCAUUAUGUCUUCAAUAUGAUAUUGGCAGCUGAUUUCAGUCUUCUCGAGAGUCAAAGGGAGUUUGUUCAGCGCUUUUACCAGAGAAGCCAAAACCAACAUGCUUUACCAAUGUUUGCCUCUGCUUGCCCUGGCUGGAUUCGUUAUGCUGAAAAAGCCCUUGGGAGCCUUGUACUUCCGCACAUCUGCACUGCCAAAUCUCCGCACCAAGUCAUGGGAUCCCUGAUAAAAGACUAUUUUGCUAAAAAGCAGCAUCUCCCUCCUGAGAAGAUCUUCCAUGCAGUCAUUACUCCCUGUUACGACAAAAAACUGGAGGCACUAGGGGAAGAUUUUUACAACAGUGUUUGCAAGAUACAGGAUGUUGACUGUGUCCUAACUUCAGGUGAAGUAGCACAGAUGAUGGAUGAAAAAGGUCUCCAGCUAACAGACAUGGAGCCGAAAUGUUCAGACAAUUUAUUUGAAGAAAUUGGUGAUGUAGCUAUUGCAAGGCAUGAUGGGAGAGGAUCUGAUGGCUUCUUGGAACACAUUUUUAAAUAUGCUGCUAAGGAAAUCUUUGGCAUUGAAGUGAAAGAAAUUAUCUACAAAACACUCAGGAAUAAAGACUUUCAAGAAGUCACACUGGAGAAAGACGGGGAAGUUGUUUUACGAUUCGCAGCCACAUAUGGAUUCAGGAAUAUUCAGAAUAUGGUGCAAAAACUGAAGAAAGGGAAAUUUCCUUACCACUUUGUUGAAGUUCUUGCAUGUCCAGGCGGAUGCCUCAAUGGAAAAGGUCAAGCCAUGACUGGAGGUGGAAAAAUGGACAAGAAUUUGCUCCAUCAAAUGGAAGACGUGUACAGCAGUCUGCCUGUUCACAUUCCAGAAACUGACCUGCACAUACAAAUGCUUUACCAAGAAUGGUUAGAGGGAAGAAAUUCCACCAAAGUUCAUGAAGUCCUGCACAGACAGUACCACGUGUUAAGUGAGGCACUGACUAGUGCGGACAUCAAAUGGUAGGUCUGCCGGUGCUGGAGAACCAAGUUUUGGAACCCCGGUUCUGAAUUUCUCGAAGGAAUUUUGGUCGUGUCUGUCAAAGGUGCAAUUUGACUGACAAACCAUUGGUCACUGAUGUUUUAUACCAUGACGUUGUCACUGCAAGAAAUAUUGACUUGAAUAAUGUAAUUUAUCCAGCCCUUCAGAUAAAUCUGAGGAGAUGUGGAAAACACAAGGCACUUGAAUGUUUCUAUUGUUCAUGCUUGCUUUCAAAUUAAUAUAUUGUGUAAACAAGGUCAUAAUUAAGUCAGAAGUUAUCGUCUCAGAUGGAGAAAUGCAGACCUUUAUUGAUAGGAGAAUAAUUUCUCGAAUGCUGUUCAAUUCUAGAACAUGUGCUGGUCUGUUCUGUUCUUGUAAUACUUUCAAGGUGUGGACGGGAAAUUGUUAUUAAGCUAAAUCUGCAUUUAACCUUGAAAUCACGAAUGGGACUACAUGUCAUUUACAGUCAUUGGUGCUUUUCAGCUCUGUGUUUGCACACAAAGAGCACUUCACAUUGAGAACCCACAAGACUACCUCUCGUUUCAAUGUUAAGUCCACAGAAUGCUUUGCUGCAAUUCUGGAUGGUUCAGUUAGUGGAUGUUUAAGUUACUUUUUUUUUAUCCUGUUCUAGGUUUGUACUUGAGUCCUGUGAGUUCUUAAAUUGGGUAGACAUGUACUAUCUGCUAACUUUAAAGAUGCGCUUCUGAAGUUCAGUAGUUACCCUGCUGGCAAUUAACUGCUGACUCAGUUUAAAAAGUUUUGUAACUGUCAAGUUCAUCAGUUGUUUACUAAAGUGUUCUGAGUGCAAACAUUUAGUGGCCUCAAAAAAUAGUUUGGCCUUACUUUCGUCCCUGCAGGUUUUGAACACAUUGGUUCAAAUGUUUCCAUUUAAUAUCAGAGAAUGUAAACAUUGUACAACCUGAGAUUCUUCCUCUUUACAAACAUCCAUGAAACAGAAAGUACUCCAAAGAAUUACAGUAACAAUGUUAGAACUCCAAACUCCACUUCUCCCCCUCCCAUGCACAAGCAGCAGCAAAGCAUCAACCCUCCCUCUAGCCCACUUAUUUCAGCAGAAAGCAUCAGCACCCACAACCCACCAAGCAAGCAAUAUCAAAGUCCCCAAAGGGACCAUGAUCUGCAGUACAACAAAAAUUACUCAUUCACCCAACAAUUCAGCAUGUGACAGGCUCUUCCACUCCCUAAUAAAGGGACAGAGGUGUCAUGCAGCGACACCUUUCUUUGUUGGGGAGACACUUCAGUUGGCGACACAAGAAUGGAAUAGGCUCAUUCAAAGAGCCUCAGAGCCCCGAACGUGCACAUGCCUUCCAGGCUGCGUCCUUGCCGAAUGGGAAUCAUUGCUGUAAAGAACGCAGUUUGAGUGCAGCUGUAGAUUGAGGACUCUGACAGGACCUCCAUCCAUUUUGAAAGGGGGGAGAAAAAGACAUUAAAGGAAGAAAUUAAACUUUUUUGUAGAUGAGCUUGAAAAAGCUGACCACUGGUGCCAUUUUUACUCUGCCCAGUAUUGUAUAAGUUGUUUCAUUGCCUUCAACUUAUUGAGUGAAGUAAGUAUUCCACUCAAUGUACACUAUUCCCAUAUCAAUCUAUCAAUACAAAAUUAACAGAUGGAAAAAUAUGGGAGCAACAUAUUUGUUGGUGUUAUAAAAUUGCACAUCCUUGCAGUUUAAUGUUAAUCAUUAGUUUUGUGUAAUUACUACCUUUAAUAUUGUAUUCUUUUGCAAAUGUAAAGAACAUACCUACUUUAACAUUGAGGCAAAAAUGCAAUAUUUAAAUCACAAAACCCAUUUAGAACCAAGAAAAGGCAAUUAUUUUGAAAUCCCACAACAGAUGCCCAGAGAUUAUUCUAAAAUGGUAUCUUAUUCUGUAUAACUCAUGGAUGAAUAACUGUACAACAUUUUGACUUUGUAAUAAACCUUUCUAUACUUGA